CUGCAACAAUGUACAGUACACAACACAACUACACAUUGUUCUGCAAGUCAGUUAAGAGAUCUACUAAAAUUUUAAAUAAUUCACCAUUUCUUUAGUUUAAAUUAAGCACUCGUUAAGCUUCUACGAUAAAAAAUUAGAUGACUUCGUUAAAUUUGUUGGUGGGUUAUGGAUCGGAUAGCUCGGAAAGUUCUGGAACGGAAACAAAAGAAUCAACACAAACAGAACUUGCUGAAGAUCCUGUGAAAUCAAAAAUCAAAAAUAAUUUUUUUCAGGUUUUUGAUGAUAGUAGUAGUGGUGAAGAAAACGAUCAAGCAGAUAACUUUUCGUUGCAAGAUGAACAUUUAAAGAACUUGAAAAACCCUUUUCGCAGUUCAGAGACUUCAGUGUCAGGAAAAUCUGUGUUUGCAAAUCCAUACAAAGAAGCAGAGGAAGCAGAAAAGGGCACACUUGAAAAGCAUGUAAAAUUCACCCCCAAACUUGAAGACAUCAAAGAAAUCAAUGGGAGAAAAAUUUGCUGGAACUAUAGGAAAGGGAGGUGCAGAUUUGGGUCAAACUGUGUCUUUGCUCAUGACUCUGAGCUCUUGCAGAAGAAACAAAAUCAAGAAAUAAAUCAGCAAAGUGUAAGCAGUUCUGAUUAUGAUCAGGACUCUGUCAUUACAUCUCAAACCACUUCUCAUGCAACAAAAAGACCAAUUUCUGCUACCAGUCAAAGUUGUUACACUGCAAAAAAAGGUAAAGGGGCAUAAUCUGCACCAUUGAACUUAAAUUCAACUUGUAAAUGUUAAAAUGAUACACUUGAAAUUUCCAGAAUUUGUAUUACUGCAAGAAUACAAUAUUGUAUUUGUCUAAGAAAA